UCCCGGGAUAUAUAAGGGGAGCUGACGGGUGUUGCCUGCCAGUUUUCCCUGAAACAUCGAAGAUGUGUCGCUCUACCUUCGUGCUGGUACUGGCCGGCUCCAUCUAUCUCGCUGCUGCAAAGAGUGAUUUCCUCACUGGCUUACAAGACAAGUUCCACGAGACCGCUCCUUAUACUGUCAUCAAGGACGCUGAGACAUACCAGCUGAGGGAAUACGCGCCAGCCAAUUGGGUGUGUACCCACAUCAUCAAGAAGCAGCCACGACCCAAGGACAUGAUGAAGAUGUUUUGGUCUCUCUUCCAGUACAUCACCGACGAGAAUUCCCAGAAUCUGGAAAUGAACAUGACGUCUCCUGUGUCCUUCUUCCACGAAACCUACGAAGAGACUAUGAUGCGCUGUCAAUUGUGUUUCUAUCUGCCUGCUGACUACCAAGAGGACCCGCCUGAACCCACACAAGACGACGUUUACAUUGAAAACCGCCCGAUGCAUACACUGGCUGCCAGGAUGUUCGACGGGUACAUGUUGGGAAUGGCAGAGUUUGAACAACACAAACUGGCACUGCAGGCUGACCUCAAGUUGGCUGGUGAUGAGGAGGGGAUAGACUUCUCGCAGUUUUAUGGGGCGGUAUACGACCCGCCAAUGAAGAUGAAGAACAGACGCAACGAGGUGUGGUUUGUCGUCAACAAAUAGAGUGCCGCCUCUGCCUCCCACUCUACUCAUCUCUCACAAGUCCGCACCCGCAUCUCGUAAACGUAAAACAUAGACAUACACAGACAUUUAUAAGUAAUAACUUCCACACACACACACACACACACACGCAACUGCCUUCACAGAAUUAACACAAAAUUAUGAACUAUAGAGUAGAAUCUACACUAAAUUAAAAAGAUUGAAAAAGAGUUUGAUUGGCAUUUAUCAUUUUAGUCUUUUGGAAGAUACAUUAUAUUAGAAUUGGAAAAUAAAAUAAUAAGCAUUG